GGGGCCUGGGGCCGUGCCGGCACCCGGAGCCGUGCCGAUGAGUUAAAUACCUCCCGGCUGACUUAAUCCCGCUCCUCCGUGCGGGGGUUUGGCAGAACGAGGGCUUGUGCUGCGCUAUGGAAACAGCAGGUGACAGCUGAGCUGCUCUCGGCCCUGUUGGAGCUCCAUGUAUGUUUCAUUGCGGGCAGACUUCUAACGAGGUUAUGAAACGAGUUUGUGGCACAGCUAAGGCCCACCUGUCUGCUGAGGUAACUGGGGCACCGCGGGCACAGCCUGGGCUGUCUGAAGGCCUCCCCACCUCAGCUGCAUGAUGACCUUCGUGUCCUCGCACUGCUGGCCCUGGCAGAAAGAAGAAAUGAGCUUUUUCGCCCUCACUUCCAUUUCUCCCAGGAAGCUCUGUCAAAGGGACGUGUGGAUCUGUGAUAACUUCCUUCCAGGGUAUAAUCAUACUUGGAUCUAAGAUAUGGAAAAUCAUGACUCGAUGAAUGCUGUGCAAGAGAUCUCUUCGUCUUCUGCAGACUCUGAUGUCAAAAAUACCCACAGCUCUGUUUGCAACUUGAAUUGUGACAGGAGCCCCUCAGCCAAUCCCAGUGGAGUUUCUGGUUACUCAGGGAAUACCAGGUCCUCCUUAGUUGCUGCCUCUGUUGAGCUGCUCUCCUCCUACAUGCGGGAUAUCCAGCACAGCGGGAAUGCUGACUCUGAAACUGUGAAGAACUGUGAGGCAAGGUGGCUACAGCUGUUGAGGCUGGUAGAGAAACAAUGCCAGGAACAAAUAGCUGCCCAGCAAGAACAGUUCCACCAUCAAAUCCAACUGAUUCAGAAUGAAAUAAGGCAGUUAGUGAAAUUGCAGACCAGCAGUUGGGGCAUUGGCAAGAGCAGGAGUUUGCCUGGGAAGUCCACAGAUGCCUUCUCGUCACUAGAAAGUCAAAUGGGGAUGCAUUCUGAAGUCUCUGAAGGAAAUGGAUGCGUUGCCAAUCAGCUCAGAUCUGAUGAAAUCGAACUGCAUCCCAGUGCCUCUGAUCCGUAUCAGGAAUGUCUUGCAAACGAUGCUUCCAUGAACAGUGGGUACGGCACGCUGUCAGCCUCUGAGCUGAAUGCUGGCACGUCUAAUGAUGUUAUCAAGUGCACAGACUGCAUGGAGAGCACUGCACAAGGACAGGGUGAUGCAGCAGGAUUGCAGAGUAAUGCAGCUGUAGGCAGCAUUCAGCGUACCAGAGAACUUCUAUCCAAACAAAUUGGGGACUGCUCAUCAGGAAGGAAUCGUGCUGGGGGUUUUCCUGCUGAAUUGGAACAUACGGUGAAUGAAGAUCAGUGCAGGAAAAAAAACGGUAAAUCUUUAACAUCGUGGGCACAAAAGUUGAAACAAAACCACCCAAAAAGACUGAACGCAGAAGAAGUACAAGUGAAUUCUAUGCGAGGAGACGAGCAGGCAAAGAAAUCACUGCUUGAGAAUACAGACUCUACCAAUGCUGCUUUGCCACCUUAUGCUUUUUACCUCAAUCAGCCAUCUGAAAGCCCGAAUUCUGCAGUGUCUGAAGCCUCAGGACUUUCAUACUGGAAACUAGAUGUGAAGGAGAUGUAUCACUCUUUACCAGAGAACUUCAGAAGCGAGUUCGCUGGUGUUUUCUCCACUAAAGUAUCACCAGACCAGUUGUCUUCUGCUGACGAAAUGAAGCCAUCAUCACUGAAGGAUAUUUACCAUAAAAGACAAAGGGAAAACAACCAGCUGCCAGAGAUGAAUUUUAUGCCGCCUUCUCAGACAAGUCACCCACCAGAGAUCUUGACAUUGGACCCAACCCUGCAUAUGAAACCAGGUCAACAGAAUCCAGGACAUUGUUUUUUCAAUAUUCCUGAAGAGAGUGCUCCUUUUUCUCCAGACUCUAUGGCAGAUCCUGGAUUUUCAAGUCAUUGUGACACUGACUCAUUUUCACAGACAAGCAGUUUGUCUCAGUUUGAUGAUUCUCCAAAACAUCCUGCCAGCAGCAGAGCUGUGCACGUGGACUUCUGGAAAAAUCAUCCAAUCCAAAAUGAAGACAAGGCCAGCUCUCCCUUUCCAGUGGCAUAUGCUGAUGCUGACAGUGAUGUUUUAGUAAACACUGAGGAGGAAGAAACGCUGACUCUGACUCCAUCCUCUGUUACUCAGUGUGGUGACAGGAGUUUACCAGACCCCGGUCCUUCAGUGACAUCUGCUGAAGAUCCUGUGAUAAUGUCAAAGAUUAGGCAGAACUUGAGGGAAAAACAUGCUCGACACAUAGCUGAUCUACGAGCUUACUAUGAUGCUGAGAUCCACAGCUUAAAACAGCAGCUAGAGGCAAGCCACAAAACUGCUGCUUCUGAAGACCUGAAGGAAAUCAAUCAAAAUCUUGCAGACAGGUGUGACCAGUUAGAUGCAGCUCUGAAUGAAGCGAGCGCUCGCAUAAAAGCCCUUGAGAAUAAGAAUAGUAUGCUAGAAAAGCAAGUGGCAGAUUGGAGAGAACGCUUUUAUGGAGUUAGCAAUACCUCCAAAGUGCUGCAAGAACGUAUUGAAGAGAUGCGCACCAGCAAUAAAGAGAAGGAUAAUACCAUCAGUAGGCUAAAGUCAAGGCUUAAAGAUCUAGAGGAGGCAUUUGAAAAAGCUUACAAAUUAUCUGAUAAUAAAAAUACGAGGUUAAAAGAAGAGAAUAAAAUGUUUCAAAAUCUUUUAGGAGAAUAUGAUUCCCUUGGAAAAGAACAUGAAAGGGUAAAGGAUACAUUAAAUGCAACUGAAAACAGACUGCUUGAUGCAAACACCCAGAUUACUGAUUUGAAAAGGACAGUUUCAAAACUCGAAGCUCAGCUCAAGCAGGUGGAGCAUGAGAACAUGUUGAAACUUCGUCACGUUACCGAAAGUCGUCUAAGAACCUCUUGUGCCAACAAGUUGGCUGCUCCUGAUGUCAGCAGGCGAAAGUGGUUGAUACCAGGAGCAGAGUAUUCAAUCUUCACUGGCCAGCCUCUGGAAGUCCAAGAGAGCCCCAAAGAUAACAGACUAGAAGAAGCCUAUAUUCCUUCCAGGUAUCAUUCUCCUCCUGAAAAAGAUUCCUCACAAGAAGACUCUUCACCAAACACAGUUGAAAAGAAGGACAGCGAGAUGUCAGAAGCACCAAUUAUAAAAGCCUUUAAAGAACUUGAAGAAAUGAAAGCUUUUAAAGAUUGGGGUACACAGACAGAAAAAGAUGACACACCAACUAAAACAUCAAGUCGACGUCAAACCGUUGGGUUUGUAGAGACUUCUGUUGUUGCCAACCGAUCCCCAGAGAAAGGCAGAGACCAACAGAGACCCAAACGCUACAGCUCCCCUUGUGGCCAGAGGUCUUCAUCUCUUCCUCCAUCAAACAGGAAAUCGAAUACUCCAACAAGGCGAGAGAUCAUGUUGGCUCCAGUGUCUGUGACAUACAGCCCCAAACGAUCUCCAAAAGAAAACCUCUCUCCUGGAUUUAGCCAUUUACUUAGCAGAAAUGAAAACACAGUGACAAGAUUUGAUAUACUUCUAGAUGACCUGGAAAGUGGUCCUGCAUCUACUUUACAGCAUAGUAAUCCAAGAAAAAGGCUCCAGUUUCUUUCACUCGAUGAUACAGAAGGAAGGCAAGGCUCAGGUGUCAGACCCAGCUCUUGUGCUGAAUCUGUCAGUACCAGAAUGAAGAAAGCAGCAGCUUGGGACGAGAGGAGCGGGGCACAGAACUGUGAGCCAAUGCUGUCACCUUGCGAGGGGGACUUCCCAUACACACCAAGGACUCAGACUCUGGCUGAAACAGAGAGGCUUUUCGAUGACCUGACUCAAGAAAAGCAACAGAUUGAGGCUGCUUUGAGUCGAAUACCUUGUUCUGGCGGGAGAAUGACCUUGCAAGCAAGAUUAAAUCAGGAAGCCCUGGAAGAUCGCUUGGAAAGGAUCAACAGAGAUCUGGGCUGGAUACGCAUGACCCUGAAAAGAUUCCAUGUUCUGCGUACCUCUGCAAACCUCUGACAAUUCUCUCUUGAAUUCCAAUAUGCUUUUUUUUUUUUUUUUUUUUUUGCACUAAUAUAUAAUGAUGCACUUGGUAAAUGCAAAUGUUUUGUAUUUUUAUAAACCCCCAAUAGUAGUUUUACAACCACGUUACCCUUUACACUCAGCAAUAUUUUGUACUUCAAACAGCCACCUAUAUUUCAAACAUAUUUUUGUUACACUUGAGAAAGCAAUGUUUAUCCUGUAUUGUAAUAUUUUUAGAAAUAUUAUUUUUAAAUAGUGAUAAUUUAUAAUAAGAAACUAAAAGGCAGCUUGUUUUCUGAGAGUGAUUGCGUUUUGCACUCGUUUUCGUCACCAUUUUAUAAAUGUCUGUGGCACGUUGUAAAUACUGGCUAAUAGGAAGUCUUGACUUUUAAUACAAAACAUGACAUGAGUUGGUGAUGUUAGACAACUACUGUUAUGUAGCAAAUCCUUUCCAUUUACAUCUGGUGGGUGUUUGUCACGGUGACCAAACUACAAGCAGCAGCAGUGCUUUGAUGCCAUUAGGCCGGGAUUCGUGCAGCUGACAGCAGCCAGCUUUCCCAGCAGCGAGCUCAGCUGCAGCUGGCACUGCAGGACAGCAGCUCGCUCACUCAAGUUGCUGCUUUAACAUCAGGGUGGGUUUUGUGCCACGCCAGAGUUUGGAGCACACACUUCCAAGUGAAAUCUGAGCUGUCAUUGUGAGCAAGACGUGCAUUUUUCGUGGUGAAAAAUACAGAUUUGCUCGUUGGCAUACUGUUGAGUUACUGUUCGAUAUUGAUAUUUUAGUUUGUAUUUUGAUAUUAAAUAAAUGUUUAAUUAGA